GAAAAUACAAUAAAUGAGGAAGUUAGAACAAAUUUUAUUACUUAUCUUUCUAAGUCUGCUGAUAAUGGUAACCAUUUGGCUCAAUAUAAUUUAGGAAAACUUUUUUAUUUUGGUAAACUAAAUGUUCCAGUAGAUAAAGAAAAGGGUAAAAAAUUUUUAAUAAUAGCAGCUAAGAAUAAUAAUUCAGAAGCUAUAGAUUUGUGUAGAGAAGAAAAUAUUAGUUGA